UAGAUCUUUUUAACUUACAUUUGAUGUCAAGAGUUUUAUGAAAUUUUUUAUCUUCAGUUUAUGCUGAUUUCAGAAAUAAUUCUAUUCAUCUGUGCUUUGAUUCUCGUCUGUAAAAUAUUUGAAAGUAAAAGGUUCAGUUUUUUAAAUGUUUAUCUUUCUUUAACCAUUUUUUCCACCUUUUCUCCAUAUUUAGAUAUAAAAUUGUUGAGGUGUUUGUCAUACUCAUUUGCGCGAUUUCGUUAUCCUUUUAUUCAUAAAAAUCACCUAGAUUCCAAAUUCUAUAUCACAUCAAGUGCAUUGUUAAGUCAUUAUAAAAUGGGAAAUGAUCCUAAUUUAUCUGAUAGUUGUUCUGAAAAGGUUGUCAAGGAUCACAAUUCCUUCAAUCUACAAACGAACCCUAAAUUUAUCAAGGACAGAUUAGAACUAUUUAACACUCUAUAUCAGAAACAACAACAAAAACUAAAAGAGCGUGAGAAUUUGGAUAUAUCUUUGGUCCUGGUUACAGAUGACGGCGAAGUAUCACUAUCCGGAAAAUCAUUCCUUACAACUCCUUACAAUGUUCUAUACGCGCUUGACAAGAAAAGAGCGAAGAAGGCCGUAGUAGCAAAGGUGUUGUAUGAAAACAAAUUAUCUGAGAGUUUUGCGGAUGUGGAUGAGGAUAACUCGGAGAAUUCAACCUCAGAAUGGGUCCUUUGGGAUAUGCAUAGACCAUUUGAGGACUCCUGCAAGGUUGAAUUUUUGGAUUUUAACUCAGAACAAGGACAACACGUAUACUGGCAUUCAUCAGCCCACAUUCUAGGAAGUGCAUUGGAAACUUGUUUUGGUGGUUUUUUGACUAUAGGCCCAGCAUUGUCCUCAGGGUUUUACUAUGACGUUUACCUCGGAAACAAUAGUGUUAAACCUGAAGAUGUAAAGCCUUUGUUAAGUCAUGUUGAAGCUUUGACUAAUUUGAAUAGCCCAUUUGAGAGGCUAGUGUGUACUAAAGAAGAAGCGCUGGAGCUCAUGAAGUAUAACCCGUUCAAGGUUCAGCUUAUUAAGAACAAGGUCCCAGACGGGGAAAACACAGUGUGUUACAGAUGUGGAGAUUUUGUGGAUCUUUGCAGAGGACCGCACAUCCCGACAACCUCAAUGGUUAGAGCAAACUCAUUUGAUGUGACCAAGAUCUCAUCAUCAUACUGGCUAUCAAAUGCAAAGUCCGAUACUCUACAGAGAGUGUACGGAAUAUCAUUCCCAGAAAAGGAACAACUGAAAAUGUACAAGCAUAGAAUUGAAGAAGCCAAACAAAGAGAUCACAGAACUAUUGGAACAGACUUGAAGCUUUUCUAUUUUGAUACGGUCCAUUCACCAGGCUCAUGUUUCUGGUUACCAAAUGGAGCAAAGAUUUAUAACAGACUGGUUGAAUUCAUGAGAGAUAAUUACAGAAUUAGAGGGUACCAAGAAGUCAUAACUCCAAACAUCUUCUCAUGUGAUCUCUGGAAACAAUCAGGCCACUACGAUAACUACAAGGAGAACAUGUACUUGUUUAAUCUGGAGGAUACUGAGUGGGGAAUGAAGCCGAUGAACUGUCCAGGACACUGUCUUAUGUUCAAACACCUCUUCUUAUCAUAUAAACAACUGCCACUGAGACUUGCUGAUUUUGGGGUUCUGCACCGAAAUGAACUUACAGGGUCACUAUCGGGGCUUACCAGGGUGAGAAGAUUUCAGCAGGAUGACGCACACAUUUUCUGUACCAGGGAACAGAUUAUGGAGGAAGUGCUUAAUAUCCUCACAUUUAUUGGGAAAGUGUACUCUCUUUUCGAUUUCAGAUAUGAGUUUAAACUAUCAACAAAACCAGCAAAAGCUCUGGGUGAUAAUGAACUGUGGGAGGUUGCAGAAAAAUCACUGGAAGAAGCUCUUAACAAAACUGGAGCCAAAUGGAUAUUGAAUCCUGGAGAUGGAGCAUUUUACGGACCCAAAAUUGAUGUGGUGCUGUUUGACUGUUUAGAUAGAGAGCAUCAAUGUGGAACAAUACAACUGGACUUUAAUCUACCCAUCAGAUUCAACCUCGAAUACAGAGAUAAAAGUGAGAGUUCCGCGGAGAAUGUGAGAUGUGGAUUUAACAGGCCUGUGAUAAUCCAUAGAGCAAUUUUCGGCUCAAUUGAACGCUUUGUAGCAAUUGUCCUUGAACAAACUAAAGGGAAAUUACCGUUUUGGCUAUCACCCAACCAGUUAUUAUUCAUCCCAAUAACUGACAGUCAUCUUGAUUACGCACUGGAAUUAUAUGAAAAAUUCAACGCUCUAGGGUACAAUGUUGAUGUUGACAGGUCUAAUAACACAAUUAAUAAGAAGAUCAAGUUUGGCCAGCAGCAGAGGUGGAACUACAUGGGCAUUGUUGGCGAUCGUGAAGUUGAAACCAGAACUGUUUCCUUAAGACCUAGAGACUCCGAUGAACAAAAUGUGGUUUCUCUCGACGAAUUAGUUAAGUUGUUUGAGUCACAGCAGUUGAAAUACGUUUAAUCUUCUAAUAUACCCAAUAUUCUAGUAUAACCA